ACGUAUAUACGGCAUCGUGACAGUCAUAGCAAGAACCACCUUUGAGCUAUGCGCGGUCUCUUUCAACUCCCAUGCAUUAUCUUUUAUUGUGUGCCGACGUCAUCAAACCACAAUGCAACGUGUCCCGCCGUUGAAGGGGAUUACUAGAUGACCGGAGAACCGGCGCGCCUAGUACAGGAAAGGUCCACCCAGUCUUUCUGCGUCGUCACUGUGACGCAACGGUCUGAAAACGUUAGAUCUGAAGACUUGACGCUGAAAGAUUAACCACUUUUUUUAUACUCGACAAACUUCCUCCAAAUCUGGAGUCUCGCCCGUUCCGACCCACCUUCCCCGUGAUCCGGCAUUCCGGCACAUUCCUCCAACGCAACCCUAUUCAAUCCCGCCCCUGGCUUAUUUACAUAUAGAUGUAUAUAAACAGCUCGAUUGGCCUUCAAUCUGCAGUCAUUAAGAGGCAAUUCAGACGACACGAGCACGUCUCAGGGCUCCCGGCGGCCGCCUUCCCGGCAGAUUCAAGACUCAUCACCGACUUGGUGACAGGAGACUCCUCAUUAGGACUAGUAUUAGAAGACGCGCUGACGACUCGGUCCAGAGCAGGACUUUGAGGAUUAUUUUUUUACCCCGCAGUUACACGUCUUCACCUUAUAUGCUCGUUUGAGGACAUCAUGCCAGCACUUGCGAACUUUUUGGGAGGUUUUGGGGGAUUUCAAGUCGGAGGACAAAUGCCAGACCCGGGACUACUGUUGUCGGAUCACAUGGGGGAGAGGAGUGCGAGAAAUGCCGACCAGUUUUCCCAUUUGGAAGGGAUCCUGAGGCGGCGACAACUCUACUGUCGCACCCGAUUUCACCUGCAAAUCUUCCCCGACGGCACAGUUAACGGCACGCGGCAAGACCACAGUGUUUUCGGUAUACUGGAGUUCAUAUCGGUGGCGACGGGGUUGAUGAGUAUCCGAGGCGUGAAGAGCGGGCUGUACCUCGGCAUGGACGAGAACGGCGACAUGUACGGCUCGGACCAGCUGAAUCGGGAUUGCAUCUUCAGGGAAAACAUGGAGGAGAACUUUUACAACACCUAUGCGUCUCACGAACACCGGAACGACAAAAACGGGAGACCAUUUUUCGUUGCCUUGAACAAAGACGGGACAGCCAGAAAGGGCAAUAGGUCAAGAAAGACACAGAAGUUCACCCACUUUCUUCCAAGACCCGUGGAUCCUGAGAAAGUACCAUCUUUGUACCAGGACAUUCUUGGCAAGAGAUGAUCUGAGCUGCGACACCGCCCUUCUAUGCAAAGACUAUGCAAGGACUGACGUCUCAGGCUGUAGACCAUGUUGCGCCGGUGUAGCAGGGGAUGCUGUCCACCCGACAUAAAAAGACCCCGUCCCGCACUUCGCUAUAGCAAUGGUUAGUACGUGGAUUGGAACGCCAAUGGCAUCCGAUCCGAUAAAAAAAUGCUCGGUGCUAAUUAGUUGACUAGCAUUACUGCUGCUUUUGAUUGACAAGAACCACCCACCGUUCUGGUUCAAAUGAGAAUCCUAUACCCAUAGAUGAUUAGGUUAGAUCCUGAACAAGCUGUGGCCAGCUAACUGAGCACGGUGUCGAUUACGCAACCAGAUAAUCAUAUUAGAUAACAACGAAUCACGCGUCUUCCCAUGCGCUAUGAUAAUCGGCUUUUUUAGAUGGAGAACAAAAAAAAUUCCGAAUUGACCUAUGACCCAGCUGUAUCUAAGAUACGGCUUGAUAUGAUUUGUGGUGAUUGACUAUGCUGAGCAUGCGCGCGGGCAUGCGCAGUUUGAGAAGAAAAAAGUGACACAAAACGAACGAGAAUCGGGACAGGUAUUCGAUUCUACAGAAAAAAGAGCGUAUUUAUUAUAAUUUAUGUGUCACGUGGUAUAUGUACAUAUUACUUGUUGGAAGUAUUUAUUUAUUGAAGAACUUUUUUCUUGUCCUCCAAGAACUUUUCUUACAUCAUAUCUAUAUUAUCUAAUGCUGCUAUGCAAAAAAAGAUCAAAUGUGCAACUGUUGUUGUUGGGUCCGAGUAGCCCAUUGCGCUCCACUUUUUGGUUGAAUUCCCUGUCCUUCAAAACAUUUCUAAAUGUCAAGCUUACAAUCUAUCGUCCAAAUCUUCCAUUUUCUCUCAGAACUAGGCUCCCCACCAAAGAACUCAAGUACCACUUAUGUGGGGAGAUGAUAAUGUCAAGGGUUGCUACUGGUCUCGUGAACCAGACAAAAGGGACGGCUGGGAAAAAAGUUAGUCUCUACCAGGCUUUAGAGGGGGCUAGA